UUCAGCCACAGCAAAGCAAAUCCAGAGAAGUACAGGAAAGAAAGAAAAAAAAAAUCACUUUCAGCUCUGGGCUCCACUACUAUCCUAAGUCUGUCAUGUAACAGAUUUUUUUCAUCAGAGAAAGCAGCUUUUCAUCAAAAACUAGGUUGUUCACGUUUCACAACUCUAAGUCAUGCUGGGAAAGAAGUUGGUGACUGCACAAAAGCGAGGGGAGACAAGAGCCCUCUGCCUGGGACUGGGAAUGGUUGCAUGUUCCAUGAUGAUGUACUUUUUUAUUGGAAUCACCAUUGUGCCAUUUUACACUAAGAGUGUUUGGACAACAGAAACUGUGUGCAAGGUACUCAAAGCCAACAUCAAGGACAAAGUUUUCUGCCCAAACAGUGAAGGCUCAGAGGAUGAGGAAAUCUUUCCUUAUCCCUGUCUACAGGUGUGGGUUAAUCUGACAGCCUCAGGACAGGAGGUUAUGCUCUACCAGACUGAAGAUACACUGGAAAGAAAUCCUGAGUGCUCAUACGUCCCAGACAAGUUGGAGAACUCUAAAGACGUUAAGGCACGAGUAGAAACAAUUGCAAGCAAUUUCAAAAAAUACCAGACUUUCCCAUGUUACUAUGACCCAGGAGGAGCACAGACCAACGUCAUUUUAAGCAGACGUUAUCCCUCCAAAGGCCUUCUCUUUGCUUUCCUCUGGCCUACGCUCAUGUUUACUGGCGGAUGUCUGAUUAUUGUUCUGGUAAAAAUUAGUCAGUAUGUUUCUGUUCUUUCUGCUUGGCAGUAAAAAAUACAUAUCUAGUAAAGAUUGUUGCAAUUGUAGGAAGAUACUAACGUGCAUUUGUUCUGCCUUAUUGGCAUUUUGUGACUCUUAAUAUACCAGGUGUCGAUUCAAGGGCAGGCAUUCCAAAAAAUUGAAUAGCAACCACCACAGAUGGCAACCCAUUAUGCAAGGACAAAAUAUAAAACUGAUUCCCAGGAAUGCCUGAAAAUACAUCAUAAACACACAGACUUAGUUAUUCUAUUGUUUCCUUGAGCUUUAGGAGGUGUGGCUGCUUUACAAAGCUACUAUUCACAUUUACUACUAAACUCUUCCACAUUUUAGAUGGAGUGCUAGUUUUCUGUCUGGUUGAGAUCAGUUAGUGCCAGAUCCAUAUACAUCAUCACUGGCAGACACACCCUUUAUACCCUUAUACACUAAUAGAGUAUGUACUCAUGGCAUACUCAUCUGUUGAGAAAAGCAGCUUUGUUAUGGUGCAAAAAAGGUAUAUUUUUUAUCAUGGAUCUUGGGAAAGGGAAGAGAGAAAGCCCCUCAAAACAAAAAUACACAUACAGACUUUACAAAACUUGCACUCUAAUCAUCUGACGCCAAUUGUAUAUAAAGCAAUAUAUGCAUAAAAUACAAGGUAUGGUAUAGAAGCCUAUACUAAAAGUAUGUUUUUCUAUUGAACUCAAAUCUUAGCCUUGCCUUAUCUGAGACAAGUGUGCCACUCAAGGAAGGUUACCUGGCUGCUGUUAAGAAUAACAUGUUACUGUUACUGUUUGUAAACCCCUUACUUAUCUUGUACCCCUGUCCCAAAUUACUGUACCCCGUGUUUCUUGUUCCUUGUUCAGCCAGGCCCUGCCCCCUCUCCCGAGUUGCUGUACCCUGUGCUUCUCGUUCGUGUUCAGCCAGGCCCUACCCCCACUGCUCCUAGACUCCCACAUGGCAACACUGUACCCCUGCCCCAAGUUCCUGUACCUUGUUCAGUUGGGCCCUGAGGAGGAGGAUGACAUAAAGACUUUUAUGCAAACGAGAGAGACCAGAGACUCAUGGGACGCACCCAGACUGGAAAAAACCCCGAAACAAUGAGCCACACAAAAGGAAAGGAAUAAAAGCAGCACCAUCGAACAAUGAAGACCCAGAGGAGUCCCCUGACUUCCCUCCAGAGGCCGACAUAACCUCGAGGGGACUCGACUGGGAUGACACCCUAGACUACGAGACCAAGAGAACGAGUCUUCCUGGGGACUGCAGUGAGGAAGGAAGGCCCAGCUCUGCCCAAGUGACAAAGCUGCAUGGAUCCUCCUCUUCUGAGGUGUCCAAGUGGGAGCAGUGGUGGUGUGCACGACCCCUCGGGCCUCCACCGCAGAGCUGUCGUGUUUA